CAGAGGCCAAGACGCGUUACUGCUGAAGGGCUGGGCAGUGGGCUCACAGGACCAGCAGCGCUGUUCACAAUCCUCUACUUCUCGGAUGCUAUUUGUCCCUUGAGCACCUGGCUUCUGGUUUUGUUUCAUGUUGGUAACAGCACCACAUGCUGCAAUGAGCAUCUCAGUGUCCUCAGGUGAUGGCUGAAAUAGCUACUGUGCUUAUGAUACACCAGCACAUGCACAGAUGCUGAAGUAACUUGCUUGCACAAUGUAUUGAGGGUCAAGGGGGAACUUGUGAUGCAGAAAUGAGUCUGACUUCCUGGUUUCUGGUGAGCGGUGGCGGGACACGCCAUCGCCUUCCCAGAGAGAUGAUUUUUGUGGGGAGAGAUGACUGUGAGCUCAUGUUGCAGUCCCGCAGUGUGGACAAACAGCAUGCUGUCAUCAACUAUGACCCAAAUACAGAUGAACAUAGAGUGAAGGACUUGGGCAGCUUAAAUGGGACAUUUGUCAACGAUGUCAGAAUACAGGAACAAAUCUAUGCCACACUGAAAAUUGAUGACAAAUUGAGGUUUGGAUAUGAUACCAACCUGUUCACUGUGGUCCGAGGAGAGCUGCAUAUUCCCGAGGAAGCCCUCAAGCAUGAGAAAUUGAGCAGCCAGCUUCAGCUGAACCAGAAGAAACCAACAGAGGCAGAAUCAUCCAAAUCUGAUCCGAGAACUCUCAAGACAUCAGUGGCACCGGUAGUUGAAGGGGCCUCGGCCAAAACCUCAGAGGCCAGCAGAUCAGAAGAGAAGACAACAGGAGACACAGCGAUACCGCACAGAGGUACACCCCUUUAUGGUCAGCCAGCCUGGUGGGGAGAUGGAGAUGCUGCCGACCAGCAGCCUGGAAGGCCUGAAGAAAAGAGCUCCGACCGGAAGAGAGAAAAAGCUGAAGCAGAUACUAAGAGAAGUGAAGAAAUCCCAAAGUCUGCUGCGGUAUCAGCCUCCAACCAAGAACCAAGUUACUUUGAAAUCCCUACCAAGGAUACCACCUCAUCAGGUAAAGUCAGCAACGACCCCCCCUCACAGGAACAAGAGGCUGGUGCUUCUGUCAGUGCAGAAGCCGCCCAUGGUCAUGCCUCCUUCACUAUUGAGUUUGACCCUGGGGCAUUAGCUAAAGUCUCUGUCAAAGAUCGAGUGGCAAAAGUAGGACCAGAGUCCCGGACACGUCCUAAAAGGCCAAUCGGGGAAGAGCUUAGCCCGCUUCAAACAGCCAUGGUAGCAGCUGAAGUUAAAGUUGCUGACUGGUUAGCCCAGAACGAGCUGCCAUUGGCUCUUAAAGAAACGGUUGCAGAAGAUGAUGGGGAAAGUGUGAAGAGUGAUGUUCCUGUACAACUGAAGAGUCUUAAAGGCAGUAAACACGAAGAUGGCACUCAGAGCGAUUCGGAAAACACACUAGGAGAGCAGCGGCGAGCUGCAGCCAUGGAGGAGCGCUCAUGGGGACUUUGGGGCGGUGCUGGGACGAAAAUCAGAGAAGGUCGUGCAAACGUACCAGAGGGCCUCUUUGUGGAAGAGGACAGUCCUGCACGUCGUCGCAAGUCUUCGACCUCCAAGGUGGCAAGUGAAUUGAUUGAGAGACGACGAGGAUCAGCACCACAUCAGCAGAGUGGGCGAGAUGACUGUUAUCGCCACAGAGACGAUUAUAGUGACAGAGGAACAUAUACCAUUGAGCUGGAGAAUGGAGACCAUGAAGAGGAAGAAGCUAGAAAACUGAUUGACAAGGUGUUUGGUGUGGAUGAGCACUGUAUCUCCAGGUUGGUAGGUCCUGACCAGAGAGAGAGGCUCACAGCCCAGAAAUCCGGCACCAGAGACAGAGGGAAGCCUGGGCGCUUGGAGACAGAGGUCUUGUCUGAAGAACUGAUGGUGGGCGGUCCUCGGUGGGUUUCACAGUGGGCUACUCUCGCUGCCAGCCACAUUAGGACUGACCCUGAGGGAUCGGGAGGGGACAGCCAAAUCAUGGUCACAGAUGAUAGAGAAGUAAGUGAACCCAGCCACUCUGCCUCAGUUUCCUCUGCUGGGUUUACCGACCGUAAGAGGAGAACACUACCCCAGCUGCCCGGCGAGGAGCUCAUCUUAGGAAGGAGGACCCCAGGUGCAGGUUUGCACAUGGACACGGGGGAAAAACAGGACACAGAGCUACAGGAAAAAGAGAAGCAAGAGGACAGGAUUUCCAGAGGAAAGAACCAGUCCGGAGGUGUGGGCAGCCACAGUGGCAGCCCCAGUCGCUCUUCCCCAGCCAAAUCACAGGACAGCGGUGGUGGGAAAUCAGGUCGUUCAGCGGCGUUGACUAAGCUCCCCCCUCGCCCACUGACCAGUGGGGAGAAGAAAGUGGAUGAAGCACGCAGGAGGAAAAAGGAGGAGGAGAAAGCUAGGGAAUGUAUUGGGAAACCAUUAUUGAGGCAGGAGAGUUUCACGGUGGAGAAACCAAGCUCCAACGUACCCAUCGAGCUCAUACCACGUACCGAUGGGAUUACGGGCAGCAGAACUCAGAGUAGAGAGGCUGGCAUCAACAGUACCACGCUGCAGAAAGACUCUGAGGCUGUGGCCGCCUUCCUGGAGACCACUGUAUCCGACCACGGCGAUCCCCCAAGUCAGUCCAUCGAAGGCUCCUUGUCACCAGAGUCAGAUGUGGACACAACAAGCACCGUAAGCCAGGCUGAUGGAGUGAGGAAAGUACUUCAGAAACGUCGGACCCUUGCAGGGCAGCAGAAAGAGAAGACGGUAGUGUGCUCAUCCAGCAAGGGCCCUGCCGGGGCCAGGGAGACUCAGGACCGGAGGGUCAAGAGCAGAACAUCUGCUACUCCUCAGCAGAACCGACCCUGGACUUCCCUGGACCUCACCGACGAUGACGUUAACUCAAACUCACUCCUUUCAGAUUCACAAACCACAUCCAUACAAGGAUCCAAACGCUCAAAUGCUAGAGCCCAAACAGGGAACGCAGCCGAUGGAACCAGCACCAAAUCUGUUCGGGCUAAGAUCACCCAGGGUCCAGCGUCCUCUGCUCCCAGUAAAAUCAGUAACGCCCCCAAGCCUAGGCCCACCAGGACAUCCCUGUUGAGAAAAGCCAGGAUGGGGGAUUCAUCAGAUACCGAAACUGCUGAUCUGGACCGGAUGUCAGUGGCGUCAGAGGCCUCUACUGCUAGUUCCACAUCCAGGACAGGGAUGGCUAAAAGAGGAAUGUCCAGGAUAGAGGCCCUGGCCCAGCCGAGGCGACCAAGAGUGGGUUCCCCAUCUGCUCAGAGUGACUCUGAGGCUACCGUGACGAGAAACAGAGGUCUGGGGCCCCGCAGUGCAGCGGGUGAUUAUGCCAUCAGACACGGGCUUAGAGGGUCUAUCACCUCGGUGUCUGGACAAAGAGCAAGAGCUAACAGCGCUUCCAAGCUGCCGGAUAAAAGUAGAGGAACCUCCUCUUAUGGGCACGUUACUCCUGCAUCUGGCACUCGGUGGCGUCGUGUGCCAGUGGAGUACGCCUCCACCUCGGAGGAUGAGUAUGGCUCAAAUCGCCACAUGUCCAAGAGGGGUUACACGCGGCCAUUCCCGUCUAACCGAGUAGCCCAGUUGGGAGGUUCAACGCCAGCAACCCCCGGUUCUGCUGGUGGGGUGGCCUUGCGGCAAAACUCCAGGGAGCAGGAUGAGUAUAUGAAAGACUGGACAGCGCACAGCGAGGAAAUAGCCAGGAUUAGCCAGGAUCUCGCCAAAGACUUAGCCAUGCUCGCUAGAGAGAUCCAUGAUGUGGCAGGAGAGAUCGACUCAGUGAGUCCCGCAGCAACUGAUCCCGGAGCAUUGCUGGAAGAGUCUGCUCUGGAUGGCAGCGUAGACCCAGGCGUCCCCUCCACCGGCCACAGGACCAACGGACAGUCUGUGGAGCUUCGUCAGCGAAGAUCAAGUGGACAGAGCUCUCGUUCCAUCCGCCGACAGACAUGGAAUAGAGAUGAUGCGGACCUGGACAGCUUACUGCUCGCAUCUGUGACGCAACUCUCAACCAGGAUACGUCAGUCUGUUGACAAAACCACCUCCAAAAUCAGGAUCCUCUUCAAGAAUAAAGAGCGAAAAUGGGAAGAAAUUGAAGCCCAACUGCAGGCAGAGCAUGACUCCUUACUACUGAGGAGCUCCAACAAGGAGAUUUCAACUGUUAUUCAAGACCUGAAGAGGGUGGAAAAACAACUUGCAGUAAUUGACUUGAUGGUGGACCCCGAUGGCACCCUGGAUGCCCUUUCCGGCCUAGGCCUGACAAGUCCUCUGGCUGGCCAAAACAUCAACCCUGGGACUCGGCAAGGGGCACCGGUGUUGGACCCCAAAACAGAGAUGGCAACAUCCAACACACUUUCAAACCGUGGGCCUGAAGAGAUGACUGCUAAACCCCGUGCAUCAGACUACGCAGAAGUGGCAGGGCGAAAGUCUGCACCCCAAUAGGUGUCUAGAUCCUCUUAACAGAAAAGAAAAACCAAUGGAAUAUUUCAGAAUGACUCCUUUACAUAAACAUGUCCUAAAUCCCUUGAACAGACUUUAUUAUGAUGUUACAGGACUUUUUUUGCUAUUAGGUUUGAGACAAGACAAAGAAAUGAGAGUGAUACCUUUUUCGUGAGAAAGCCAGGUGAAGUGAAAUUAGAGGAUUACGGGUGUCGAGAUGGCAGAUACACUUUAAGAAACCACUGGAGUAUUUAUUGCUACCCUUGUGAAAGAGCUAUGACGUAUAUAGAAGCCCAUCUGUGUUUUUGUGUUGCAGCUCAUUCAUUGCAUCAUCCAUUACACCUAAAAUCAAUUGUAAAAGAAAAAGAUAUUAUGGUUAAGCUUUUGUGAAAUCCCCCUUUAAAUUAUUUCCGUGUCAUGGUUUUAAACAGACAAGACCGAGCCGAUGUCAAACCUUAAAAUCCUCGUUACUGGCACAAAAGCUCGUCAGCCAAAAUCUAAUGCAGAAACACAAAUGAUAUCAGAUCUAAAAAAAUGUUUGAUAACUGUUCUUGUAUGCUGCCAUAAAAUGAUUUAUUAAAAUAAAUACAGUAUAUAUUUUUAUCUUUUUUGAUUUUUCAACCAUCAAAUCUGUCUCAGCAAUGACUUUCCAUCAGAAAUAGCCAUGGUGCUUAUUUGUUGGAAGAAGAACUGGGAGUGCGCAGUAUAUACCAGUUUAAAUGCUGACGAAGGCUCAAUUAAAAAACAAAAGUUUUCAUGUGGAGACAAUAUUUGAACUCUGAGUAUCAAAGGUAUACCCUGUCUGUUAAAAGACACUCAAAUGCAGCUACCACAGAAGAUAAAGCUCUUCCAAAUGUAUUUUGUCACAAGUGCCCUGGCUCAAACAAUCACUGGAGUUGAUGGGAGAUGAGUGAAAGGAGGUGAAAAUUGAAUUUUUGCACAUUUCAAAUAAAAUGUUUAUUGAUAUUAAUUUUGGAGGCGACAGGACAUGAUAUUCCCCAAUGACACUCCUUUUAUUGUAUCAUAUAUAUUUGACCAAAAGAAAGGUUAGGAACCAGUUAUCUGUACAUGAAAGGUUUCAUGAUUUUCUUCCCCAUCACAAACUAAAUGUGUAAAAACCAGCAGACACAGGAACCACAUCCAAGCCCUAAAGAUGCAUCUUCUGGAUUAGAAUGCAAUGAAAUGAUCGACUGUGUUUAUGACCGUAGGUUUUUCUGAUGUCUUGCCUCUUAUCAAUGUUUACAAUCGAAUGUAACCAGAUCAGAACUGCUGAAAGAGUUUUAGCCAAAAUAACUUUACCAGAGAUGAAUAAUUGCAUUUUUGUGCUUGGCAUACUUACAGUAGUCUAAUUCUGAUUGAUCAUUUGAAAAUUUAUUUAUUUUUUAAUGUUCUGUUUGACUUUUUGUUUUCUUUAUGAACUGUUAGGUUACAUGUUCACAUUGCAAUAUAUGCCUUGUUU